UCCAGGAGCUUCAAAGGAAAACUCCUUGUAAUAAAGGCUUCUGAAACACUUCUGUGCCCAGGGGAAGAAGAAGAUGGCCCCCCAAAGAAUGUGGCUUCUCCUACUGCUGAGCUGUGUACUCAGCACUGAAGUCUUGGGUGACAUCAUCAUGAGACCCAGCUGCGCUGCUGGAUGGUUUUACUACAAGUCCAAUUGCUACGGAUACUUCCGGAAGCUGAGGACCUGGUCUGAGGCUGAGUACGAGUGUCAGUUGUAUGGAAAUGGAGCCCACCUGGCAUCUCUCCAGAAUGCAAAGGAAGCCAACAUCGUAGCGAAGUAUAUAAGUGGCUACCAAAAAACCAAGCCUGUAUGGAUCGGCCUGCAUGACCCACAAAAGAGCCAGAAGUGGCAGUGGAUCGAUGGGGCCUUCUAUUUGUACAGAAAGUUGGCCAAGUCCGCAGGUGGGAACAAGUACUGCGUGGAGAUGAACUCCAGAGAGGACUUUUUAACUUGGAGGAGCAACAAAUGCAGCACGCACCAGCACUUCCUGUGCAAAUACCGAGUGUAGAGCACGAAUCGAGGCCGCGCUCACCCCACACACGCCCCUGCCCUCCUCCCUCUGUGCAUGCCGGCUGCGUCUGAUCAUUGUCUCAGAGCAAACACGGCAACUGAGGCUGAUCGGCCCUGUCACACUCACUCUUCUAGGUUUAUUAGCAUCCGAGGCCUCAACACUGUAUGACAGUGGCUUCUAUGACAAUUACAGGAAAUGUGGCUUUGGUGUGAUCUCGUUUGCAUUUCUUAGAAGCACCCCCAGAGAGGAGAGGAAGUGUGGCUGGGCCGCCCACGCAGUUCUGGAUGUGUGGAUGGCCAUCGGCUUCC